AUCAAGCUGCGGAUGGUUAUAUGCGUGUGUGUAGGUGAGGCUUGUGACGGCGUCGGAAGGAUGGGGCUGUAAUCGUGUGCUACUGCCUGGAGGUGUUGUCCGUCUCAUGUUAGCCGACUCUUCCGUGUCAAGACUAGUCGAUCACUGGGCAGCCUUUGAAGGGGAGGAGCGCCUGUCGUACUCUGAGUGGAUUAGUCGCAGUUAUAGGGAGCUGAUGAGUCUGAACGAGCACUCGAUGCAGGCUCUGUCCUGGAGAAGGCUGUAUUUGAGUAGGGCCAAGCUCAAAGCUUCCAGCAGGACGUCAGCACUGCUCUCAGGUUUCGCUAUGGUGGCAAUGGUGGAAGUUCAGCUAGAUGCAACUCACGAUUACCCACCUGGACUUCUUAUUGCUUUCAGUGCCUGCACUACUGUCCUUGUUGCAGUUCAUCUCUUUGCUCUUAUGAUAAGCACCUGCAUCUUGCCAAAUAUAGAGGCAGUCAGCAAUGUACAUAACCUCAAUUCUGUGAAGGAAUCGCCUCAUGAACGUAUGCACAGGCAUAUCGAACUUGCAUGGGCUUUUUCUACAGUUAUCGGAACUCUGUUGUUUCUUGCUGAAGUUGUUUUACUGUGCUGGGUCAAGUUUUUGCCACUGAGAAAGAACCAAAAUGACAACUCAAACAGCACAAAUGCUAUUACACCAGGACAAGCAGCAGCCAUUGCAUCAACAUCUAUUAUGGUUCCAUUUGGACUGGUUUUCAUAGUCUUUGCAGUUCAUUUCUACAGGUCUUUGGUCAGUCAUAAAACAGACAGACAGCUACAAGAGAUUAAAGAACUUUCUGAAUUUGCUAGACUGCAAAAUCAACUUGAUAACAGGGCAGAGGCUUUAGAUACUCCAGGCUCACAUUUUGCUUAAGGAGUUUGCUAAAGGAGUUUUUUAAAAAAAUAGUUUUUAAUGGGGUGCAUCAAUUUCUGCAGCAAACAUCCAAUGCAUGAACUGGUUUAAACCGCUAAACUUGAAACCUUGGUUUAUAUGUAUAUGUGUACAAUAUUUAUGUAUAUAUGUAGAAAGAGAAAUCUUUAACUCUUGUACAAAAUAAUGUGCCACACCAUUGUUCUGUAGGGAGGGUGGGAUCAGCAGUAUGUUAUAAUGGCUCUGUAAUUUUAUUGGGGAUGUUGAGAUAAAAAAAAAAAAUACUUUUUAACAUCAA